GUCACAGACGCGGAAGACGUCAUGACGUUAUGGCGGCUCUGGGAAGUGGACAGCGGCUUUUUCUGUUCCCGUGUCCCCUGACAACAGGGCCUGGGUUGUGCCGGAGCUUUGCUGGGAAAUGGCACUGAUUCAUGUCGGCUAAUGGUCUGGAGUUAGAAUCCUGAGGAAAUUUCCCUCCCUGCAAUCAAGACAUUCAGUCCAGUUACAGGGUCAAACUGAUGUCCAACUAAGAUCAGAGAUGGAUCCGAUUGAAAAUCAGCUGGAACUCCUUUUGAAAGGAGAAGGCAUGGAGGUAAAGAACUAUGAUUCCCCACUGGAUGAAGUGGUACCUGUAAUUGUGCGGAAAACUGUCUGUUACAUCGUUGCUGCAAUAAUACUAAAUGAGCAGAAAGAAGUGGUGAUGAUGCAGGAGGCAAAACAAGAAUGUUAUGGCAAGUGGUACCUGCCAGCAGGGAGGAUGGAACAAAAUGAAACCAUCACUGAGGCCGUGAAGAGAGAAGUUCAAGAAGAAACUGGUUUGGAGUGCGAGCCCUACACUCUGCUGAGCGUGGAGGAAAGAGGUCCACGAUGGAUCCGGUUUGUUUUCCUGGCAAGAAUUACAGGAGGGAACUUGAAGACUACAUCAGAGAGUGAUGCGGAAUCCUUGCAGGCAAGAUGGUGGGACAGAGUGUCACCACUUCCCCUGAGAGCCAGAGACAUCUUAAAUUUGAUUUCAUUUGCUGUCAAGCACAAAGAGAAAGCUUCUCAUCCAGUGAUUAUGCCUGCUGAGUUGCCCUGCCCAGUUGUGUGUCACCGAGUAGUAUCAGCCUUUCUCAACAAAAGCAAUGAACUGUGGCUGCUGACUAACAAUCAGAGCCAUCCCCAUUUCCCCAUCACUGUCUGUGGUUCCUCCUCAGCCGAUCUAUCCUGCAGCGUAGAAGUGGCCAUCUACAGACUGAUCAAGGAGUGCUUGAGGGAUUCGCAGGUCAAGGUGAAAACUCAUGGCAUCUUGGGGUUGCAACACAGCGGUGGAAUCACCGGGAAGACAGAUGGUGUUUGUUUCAAUGUGCUGGUCACUGUCGCCCAGGUGGAAACUACAUACAGCCAGUUCCCUCCAGAUAUUAACAGUGUGAAGUACACUUGGCACAAAGUGGACAAUGAUGAUUUAAAAAUUCAGUUGUUAGAGAGAUUGUCAUUUUCUUCUGUUGUGCCAUUUUUGAAUUAAAGUGACAAGGGAAACAUUAAAAUAAAAGGAGGUUGAAUCUUUUUAUAUUGAUUGCCUGAGGCUAUGUCCACUCUACACUGGAUAAAUACGUAACCGAAGCUUUUUCUCUUCGUUUUUACCCUCCAUCCACACUAAAACGGCGUUUUCGUCCUCCAAAAAUGGAGAUAUUCAGAAAGACUCUCCAGAGUGUGUAAUUUUGAAAAUGCUGGAUUGGCCAGAGCAGUGUGGAUGGGGUAACUGGAGAAAUUUAAAAAUGCUGUCAUGACGUGCCGUUUUAGACCAUUUCAUAGUUUUCUUGAACGCAACCUAACAAUUUCAGAACAGACGGCAAUGAGACUAAAGGCAGAAGAGUUAGAAAUGUACUCACCAAAUACUUCGACCCAUAACUUACUGAAUAAAUAAGUAUACUCACUUUGCCCUGUUUUCUGUUCUUGCUCAUAUGAAGUUGGUAUUUAUGCAAGUACUUCUCUGACAAUAGAUGUGAAACAGCCUAAUGUAACAUUGUAUGGAAAUACAAGAUACUGUAAUACUGAUGCAGACAUGUUUUAUACAUUUAACAAGGGGCUUUAUUAAUGCAACAGAGUUUGUCAGUUUUUCAAUGUUCGUCAUUAGCCGGGUCAUACUGUCUGUGAACUCCCUGUCGGUUCCCUCCAUAUGCUCCAGUAUUUGUUUUCUUUUAGUUUUAAGUCCUCCUGCGCGAGAGCCAACAGCUGUCCGUUGCUUAAGUUUUUCUAGUCCGUAUCUGAACAAACGCGCACCAAGUCUUUCACAGCGAGAUUCGACACCAAACAUGUCACUUGUUUUCAGUAGAUGUGUCCUGCACAUAUGCAGUAGGAGGAGAUUCGCCGAAGUAUCCGUUUUAAUGUGGACAGAGAUAUUUUUAAAAACGCCUUGUGUGGACACCUAUUUUUACGCGAAACCGGCGUUUUCAAAAUUAUCUGGUCUAGUGUGGACGUAACCUGAGUCUAGGCCCUGUAGUGAACUUAGGCAUUCUUUUGUUAAGUGUCGUGUCACAUAAGAAAUCACGGUCUUUCCAUGACAAUGGUUGUUUGCAGAUUUUUCUGUAGAAGUGGAUUGUCAUUUACAAGACAAGACACCCCAGCUAUUAACAAUACUCUUCAGAGACUGUCUGCCUGGAGUCAUUGGUAGCACAACCAGGACUUGUGAUGUGCAUCAGCUGCUCAUACAAUUGUCCACCACCUGCUCCUGUGACUUCAUGUGACCCUGAUCGGUAGUAGGGGGCUAAGUCGGUGCUGCACCUUGCCCAAGGGUGAUCUGCAGGCUAGUAUAUAUAAAUUGGAAUUUUAUCACUGGAGCAUCUACAUCCCACUUCACAAUCCAGGAGUAUUAAGGAAAAAGAUUUUCUAUUAGUGGUUAGGCUUCAACAUACGGGAGACAAAAAGACCUGAUGGACAGAUUAAAAUAAAAAAUACACUUGACCUUGCAAAUAACUGAAUCUUGAAGACGGUGUAAUUUUUCCCCCCUUUACUGGGUAAAUCUUUUAUUUCCUUACUCCAAUGCUUGACGAUAUUGGACCUGAUUUAGCUUUUAUGUGGUAAAUGCCUGUUGAAAGCUUUUUGUACCACAAUGCCACCACCCUGAUUAAAAAGAAUAAUCAAAUUUUUUUCCUUCUAAGUGUUACUUUAUUAAUACAUCCUUU